AUGACAAACGUACGAAAAAAUCACCCAUUAAUAAAAAUUAUUAACCACUCAUUUAUUGACCUUCCUGCCCCAUCAAACAUCUCAUCAUGAUGAAACUUCGGAUCCCUAAUUGGACUAUGUCUACUCAUACAAAUCCUAACUGGACUAUUCCUAGCUAUACAUUACACAUCAGAUACAACCACAGCAUUCUCAUCAGUAACACACAUCUGCCGAGAUGUUAACUAUGGCUGACUCAUUCGCUACCUACAUGCAAACGGAGCCUCAAUAUUCUUUAUCUGCUUAUUCCUCCACGUUGGACGAGGUAUUUACUACGGGUCAUAUACCAUGGUAGAAACCUGAAACAUCGGUAUUAUCCUCCUAUUUAUAGUCAUAGCUACAGCAUUUAUAGGGUAUGUCCUACCAUGGGGACAAAUAUCUUUCUGAGGUGCAACAGUAAUUACAAACUUACUUUCAGCUAUCCCAUACAUUGGUACAACACUAGUUGAAUGGAUCUGAGGAGGCUUCUCAGUAGAUAAAGCCACACUUACACGCUUCUUCGCAUUUCACUUUAUUCUCCCAUUCAUUAUCACAGCACUAGUCCUAGUACACUUACUAUUUCUACACGAAACAGGAUCUAACAACCCAACAGGACUAAACUCAGACGCAGACAAAAUCCCAUUUCACCCAUACUACACAAUUAAAGACCUACUAGGAGUAUUUUUAUUAUUAAUUACAUUAAUAAUUCUAGUACUAUUCUUCCCAGACAUCCUUGGAGAUCCAGACAACUACACUCCCGCAAACCCACUAAACACCCCAGCACAUAUCAAACCAGAGUGGUAUUUCUUAUUUGCAUAUGCCAUCCUCCGAUCAAUCCCAAACAAACUAGGAGGUGUACUAGCCCUAAUCCUCUCUAUCUUAAUCCUAGCAGUACUCCCACUCCUCCACACAUCCAAACACCGAGCAAUGACAUUCCGACCACUGACACAAUUUAUAUACUGACUACUAGUAGCCGACCUACUAAUCCUAACCUGAAUUGGAGGACAACCAGUAGAAUACCCAUUCAUCAUCAUCGGCCAAUUAGCCUCAAUCAUUUACUUUGCCACUAUUGUCAUCUUCAUACCUAUUGCAAGCAUAAUCGAAGACAGCAUGCUAAAAUUCGCCUAA